AUGUUAAGGUAUUCAACACUCUUUCUCGCUUCAUUCGAUCCCUCGAUUUCUCUUUCCUCUCCCGCUUACGUAUCUCUUUACCUUCAUUUGUCUUUCUCUCGUUUCCCUUUCUCUCUACUGUCUUUACUCAUACCUUCUUUCUCUCUUCUUUUCAACUUCUCUCUUCUUUCUUUUCACUUUCUUUCUUCUCACUAUCUUUUCACUUUAUCUCUUUUCUCUUUCGCUUUUCCCUCAUUUGCCUAUCUUUUUUCUCUUUCUUCUUCUCUCUUUUCCGUUUUUCCCUUCACUCUUUUCCUUUUUUUCCUUUCGUCUUUCUUUCUUUGGCCUUUCUGUCUGUUCAUUUUCGUUUUUCUAUUUUCUUGCCUUUCUCUCUCAUUUUUCUUUUCUCUCUCGUCUCUUUUACUUUUUCUAUCUCUGACUCUUCUUAGCCCUAGUCUGCCUCUUUCAUUACCUAGCAUUCUUUAUCUAUCACCCUCUAUGUCCCUGUCGCCUUUUAUGAAUAUUUAUCUCUCUCUCUCUCUCUCUCUCUCUCUCUCUCCGACUCACUGUCUCUCUAUUUGA